AUGAUGCAGCGGGUGGCGCUGCGACCACGCUGCGUGGGGGGCUCGGAGGCGCGCGAUUCCGUGCCGGCGCGGCCCCGGAUUGGCGCCCCAGAGCCCAGGCCGCAUGCGUCGUCGCGGCGGGCAGCGCUGGGCGCGAGCGCGGCGCUCGGGGCGGUGGCGGCGGUGGGCGUGGUGGGCGCGGGAGCUGCAGUGGCGGCAGGGGUGGCUCCGGCGGGCAUCGUCAAGGAGAGCCCGCAGGCUCUCACGCGCAGGGGCAUGAAGGCCUUCCAGCGCAAUCGGCUCGACGAGUCGCUAGAGUGCUUCGACCGUGUCCUGGAGCUGUCCCCGGGGUCGCGGCCCUACAUGUGGCAGCGCGGCCUGACGCUCUACUACCUCAGGCGCUUCGAGGAGGGCGCGCAGCAGUUCCGCGCGGACGUCGCCGUCAACCCCAACGACACGGAGGAGGCGAUCUGGACCUUUCUGUGCGAGGCGCAGCUCCCGGGCGGGGCGCUCAAGGCGCGGGAGAACUUCCUCCGGGUCGGCGAGGACUCCCGGCCCGUGAUGCGCGCGGCGUACGCCGCCUUCAUGGACGGCUGCGGCCCGGGGCCGAUCCUGGAAGCCGCCGGCGCCGACAAGGGCGGCCGGGACCGCUUCUACGCGCUGCUGUACCACGGGCUGUACCACGAGGCCGAGGGCGACGACCUGAGCGCGCAGCGGUCGAUCCUCGCCGCGGCGAUGACGCCGUACGCCCGGCACAGCGGCGACUACAUGGCUGCGUUGUCGCGCGUGCACUGCGUGCGCCGCGGGUGGGCGCCGCCCGCCGCGUUCGAGAACGACCUGUAG